UCCGGAUAGGGUACUUUACUCUCUGGUCCUUUUUGAUCCGUGAGGCGACAGACUUUUCUGUGAUUCCUUCGGUGUUUUUGGUGCGGUUUGCAAGUUUCUCAGACAUUUCUUAUUGGAUCCUUGGUGCUGUGACUGUAAUUGUUGAAUUGUAGUAUUUUUAAUCAGUUCCCGGACGUGUUUCCCCGUUGGACUUUCCGUUGGUUAAUUAUGGAACAGCGAAUGGAGAUAUCGUGACUGGGGCAAUACACGCAUGAACGACAUGAAGACUGAAAUUGAAGCUGAGACUGAAUGCACGGACAGCAUCCUCUGUUCGAAUAACAAUAACAACACUACGAACAAGAACAACAAUGUAUCAAGUAUCAAAAAGGGUGGCACUAACGUUGUAAACAACGAGGGUCACGAUGGCAUGGAGAUGGAAUGCGGUGGUUGCGGGGAAAGUGUUCGCGAACGCACCGUCCUCUGCGUAGGGGGUCGUACCUGGCAUUCCAGGUGCCUGAAGUGUUGCGCUUGUGCAAGACCUUUGCACGACCAGCACUCUUGUUUCCUCCGAGGGAUGCGGCUUUACUGCAGACACGACUAUGCGAUAACCUUUGGCGCAAAGUGUGCGAAAUGUGGCCGAAGCGUGGGUGCCGGUGACUGGGUGAGAAGGGCCAGAGAAAGGGUUUAUCACUUGGCCUGUUUCGCUUGUGACGCUUGUUCUCGUCAAUUGUCUACGGGAGAACAAUUCGCCUUGCUGGACGCCAGGCUGCUCUGUAAGGCUCACUAUCUUGAUGUUGUCGAAGGAAAUAAUACUUCGUCUUCGGAAGACUGUGACUCCGAACAUGGCGGUAAAGGCAGUAAGACAAAGAGGGUUAGAACGACCUUCACGGAGGAACAGCUCUCCGUGUUGCAAGCGAACUUCCAAUUGGACAGUAACCCAGAUGGCCAGGACCUCGAGAGGAUAGCUCACGUAACGGGGCUCAGUAAAAGGGUUACGCAAGUUUGGUUCCAGAAUUCGAGGGCCAGACAGAAAAAACACAGCGGCAAGAUUAAGACACAAAGUGAUGCACCACUCACCUCCAAUGCAGCAUCAUCCAGGAGACCUGUACUCUUCUGGAGUGAGCAUGGUGGGCGCCUAUUUGGGUGGAUAUCAGGGUGGCAGUGCUGGCAGUGAGAGUCCCGGCAGUCCGAUGACACCUCUCACCCCUUUGACACCACUUACCCCAUCCACGCCCAACCAUCUUCAAGCCCAAUUCUGUCACCAGGUUGGGUAACUCUGAUGAAGGAUUACAAGAUAGUUUCACGCGAAACUAGUGAUAACGUCUGGUAAUUUAUUAGACACUCUUCAUGGACCCACGGUCGAUCGUUUUGAGAAAGUUUUGCGGAAGUAUUAGACAUAAGGGACUUUUUCACGUGAAAUUUAUUGAGAAAACAUUGAACGACGAAAGUGUAAGUGUUGCCAUAGAACGUCCGCAUUCCGAAGUUUUAGCAAACCUUGUAUGUAUGACCGAAAAAUCGAAAGUGAUGCGAUCCAGAAAGUAGAAAUGGAUAUCUCAUUUCUACAGCGAAAGUUUAUUUUUAUCACAGAAACUUUUUUAGAAACUCUUUAUAAGUUCUAGGAUUUCGAAGGUGAACCGUCGAAGCGUCAAUGUUAACUAACUGAAAUCCUCUUUCUUAAAUGUAAAUACUGAAAACAAGAAAAAAUAACAAAAAACAAAACGUUGACCGCAGUGGAAGAUAUAAAAGUGAUAAUAUGAAUAGGAUAGGAUUUCAUGGUGAGGAUUAUAGAUUCUAGAUAGAUGAAAUCAUAAUUAUUUAUUUAACUUCAG